GUCUUGAUGUUUAAGCAUUUUUGUGCUGAAUGUCAGUGUUUUGGAGGUUCUUACAGACACAAGAUGCCCAAUGACUUCCUGAGGUGAACUUGGGCAUAGAGGAAUCACCAGCCUAAGGUGCUCUCAUCUUCUUUUUUCUCCCCAAACCAGGAUUUUUCAUUCCUGUGGUGUGUCUGGAUGGAGGAGGAGGAAAAGCCCUGGAGAUUCCGUACAAGGAGGGGCUGCAAACCCAGCCCAGGGAGCUGCGGGGAGCAAAGAGCCCCCCUGAGCCAGGAAGGCGGCCGGAGAUCCAGGCAGCGCUUGGAGCUGGUGGAGAAGCCUCAUGGCAGGGAGAAGCCCCACAAGUGCUUGGAAUGUGGGAAGGGCUUCAGUCGUAGCGUUCACCUGAUCCAACACCAGGUGAUCCACACUGGGGAACGGCCCUACGAGUGUGGGAAAUGUGGGAAGCGUUUCAGCUGGAGCUCCAGCCUGAGGCAGCACCAGGUGAUCCACACUAGGGAACGGCCCUAUGAGUGUGGGGAAUGUGGGAAGACCUUCAGCCUCAACUGCAUCCUGAUCCAACACCAGAGGAUCCACACUGGGGAAAAGCCCUUUGAGUGUGGGGAAUGUGGGAAGAGCUUCAGGCAGAGGGGCCACCUGAUGCAACACCAGAUGAUCCACACCGGGGACCGGCCUUAUGAGUGUGGGGAAUGUGGGAUGAGCUUCAGCCAGAAGGGGAGCCUGAUGCAACACCAGAGGAUCCACACGGGGGAAAAGCCCUAUGAGUGUGGGGAAUGUGGGAAGAGCUUCAGGUGCAGCUCUGGCCUGACAAAACACCACAAAUUCCACACUGGGGAAAAGCCCCAUGAGUGUGGGGUGUGUGGGAAAAGGUUCAGCAUGAAGUGCCAGCUGAUGGUACACCAGAAGAUCCACUCUGGGGAAAAGUUCCCCCCAGCUGAUCCCAGUGUGUCCCCGCUCUCUCCCAGUGCCCAUCCCACCGUGUCCAUCUCGCUGGUGCCCUCGAGCUCCCAGCCCGGCCCCGGCUGCCUGCUCUGCUCCGUGAUGGAUUUCUACCCUGCCCACAUCCAGCUGAGGUGGUUCCAGGGCCAGCAGGAGCUCUCUGUGGUGGCCACCGAUGUGGUUCCCAGUGGGGACUGGACCCACCAGCUCCUGGUGCUGCUGGAAACUGCCCCCAGUGCCGGGUCACCUGCAGCUGCCAGGUGGAGCACGUCAGCCUGGAGCAUCCCCUGA